CCUAGGUCCGCGGCUCUGGUCCUUUGGCUGGGGAUUUCCUAAGGGAGCAGCUCUCUCCUGGGGACCAUUUCAUGAGAAGGAUCUCCCAUAACAUUAUCCAGUGGGAGCUGUCAUGCCCAUCUUAUUUCAGCUUAUCUUCCUGGCCAGUCAUGCCCAGCAAGCCUUUGGCUCGUGGGGCGUCACCUACCCCCUAAGCCUGCACAGUAUAAAGGACUCCUGCAUCCUGAUACCCUGCACCUUCAGCUACCCCAGCACAGUGACCUCCACGGGCAUUGUGGCCAUCUGGUACAAGGAUUACGAUAACGAGCGCAUUGUGAUUUACCACUCGGCCACUCCCAGCGAGGUCGAUGGCAGGUUCCAGGGCCGGACCGAGCUGCUGGGCAACCUGGCCAGCCACAACUGCACCCUGCUGCUGAGGGGCGUGAGGAGCGAGGACAGUGGCAAGUACAACUUCAGGUUCGAGAUCAACCAGGGUGACCGGUGGUCAGACCUGCGUGGAGUGAUGGUGACGGUUACCGAUGCCCCCACCAGCCCAACCAUUGCUGCCCCGGAAGAUCUAAGGGAGGGUAUGAGAGUGAACUUCACCUGCUCCAGUCCAUAUGCCUGCCCAUACGAUAGCACCACUCUGCAGUGGAGAGGCUACAAUGCCCUGCUCUCGACUGUGACUGGGACAGUGCAACUGGACACCACUGGAGUGCUCAGCCAGCAGACCCUCUACAGCAUCUUGUCAUGGCAGGACCACUCCAAAAUUCUGUUUUGCGAAGUGUCUGUUGGCUCCAAGCAGGCAACCGGGGAAAUUGCUCUGAGGGUGAAAUAUUCCCCAAAAGGCAUAAAAGUGGUAAUCAACCCCUCCACAAAGAACAUCCGGGUGGGCGACGCUGUGUCUCUCAUGUGCAGUGUGAACAGCACCUUCCCCGAGGUCACCACCUACAAGUGGUACAAGGGCGGGACUGCCCUGGGGGAGAGCCAACAGAUUCUGAUUCUCCAGAGCGUUGCUCGCGAAGAUUAUGGCCUGUACCACUGUGAAGCGGAAAAUUCCGUCGGCACCGGGGUGGCGGAAGCAGUUGUUCUCUAUGUUUUUUCUGCCGUGCUCUCGGUGAGCCCUUCUGCAGAGAUACAGGAAGGCGAGAUGGUCACUUUGACGUGCGCCGUUCCCGGCGAGGAGAACCAGGAUCUCAGCUACACCUGGUACAAGAACAACGUCUGGAUCAAGGAAGGCACGGCCCGCUCCCUGGUGUUUCACGAAGUCACCAGCAGCGACACUGGCUAUUAUUUCUGCAAGGUGCAGAACGACAAAGGGAGUGAGACGUCUCAGGCCAUCAGCCUGAGCGUGUUCUAUCCCCCUAGGGGCCUUGCCAUCACCUUGUUCCAAGAGACGCAGGAAGGAAAACUGGCUCUCAUUCACUGCACCGUGGAUAGCCACCCCCAGUCUGUGCUGGCCCUUUACCGCAACGAGGCCCUCAUUGCCACCACCAACUCCCAUGCGGCCCCCAGCCAGCGGCUCAGCAUCACAGCUUCCCGCAACUCCUUGAAACUAGAGAUCCAGAACGUGCUGCCGGAGGACGACGGCCGAUACCGGUGCACGGCAAGCAAUGCAUACGGGAACGCGACUGCUGCUAAGCUGUUCCAUGCCCAAAUGGCGAGAGUGUUGAUCAGUCCCUCCCCGGAGGUGCGCGAAGGAGAUGCAGUCACCCUGACGUGCGUUGCAACCCGAAGCGCAGAGGAAGGGACCAGCUACACCUGGUAUAAGAACGCCAGGUGGCUGAAGGACAGCUCAGAGAACACCCUGGUCCUCCCAGCUGUGAGCAGCAGGGACGCCAGCGCUUUCCAGUGUAAGGCCCAGAAUAAGAGAGGCAGCAGCACCUCUCCGGCUGUCACUCUGCGGGUGCUGUUCCCACCGAGACGGCCCCAGAUGACCUCCCUGCUAGAGACGCAGAACAGGCACCUGGGCAUCAUCCUGUGCACCACCGACAGCGACCCACAGUCCGAAUUAGCCCUGUACAGAGGAGAUGAAUUAGUAGCUUCCACCAGUGGCUCCCGCUCAGCCGGCCAGAAGCUCAGUGCGACGCCAUCGUACAACAGCCUGAAGGUGGAAAUCCGCGAGGUGGUGCUGGAGGACGAAGGGACCUAUGUGUGCUCGGCUAGGAACGCCUAUGGCAAUGCAAGCACCUCCAUGGUCUUCAGUGCAGAGACGGCGAGGAUGAUUGCCACGCCGGCCCCAGAGGUGCAGGAAGGCCAGGGGGUCAACCUGACCUGCCACGUGAGCAGCAACUCAUCGGCUAUGACUAAGUACAGCUGGUACAGAAAUGGCCAGUGGCUGUCCGAGGGCCUGGCCAAUUCCCUGGUGUUCCAGCGGGUGGCCAGUACAGAUGCCGGGGUCUAUUACUGCAAGGCAACGAAUAACGGAACAAGCAGAAGCUCCGCCUUGGUCUCGCUGAAUGUGCUGUAUGCCCCCAGGAAUCCCCGAAUGACCUCGUUCCUGGAGGCGGAGAUGGGCAGACUGGCCAUCAUCCAGUGCAUGGUGGACAGCAACCCCCCGGCCCAGCUGUCCCUGUAUAAAGGAGGCAAACUCGUGGCCUUCACCGGCUCCAGGACUGCAGCUGCCCAACGGAUCGGCAUCACUGCCUCCCCGAACUCCCUCAGGGUGGAGAUCCGGGACAUCACGCUGGAGGACGAAGGGAACUAUCGCUUCACCGCUAGCAAUGCCUACGGCACAUCUUCUGGGCUCCUGUACUUCCGUGUGCAAACGGCCAGAGUUCUAAUUACGCCCUCCACGGACGUGCAGGAAGGGGAUGAUGUCUCCCUGACAUGUGAUGUGACAGGAAAUGCUCCAGAGGACGCCACCUACACCUGGUACAAAAACAGCCACCGGCUUCAAGAGAGCUCAGACAGCUUCCUCGCCUUUCCACACAUAACCAGUGGGGAUACUGGCUCUUACCACUGCAAAGCUCACAACCCCGAGGGAACCAGCAGCAGCAUCUCCCCAGCCGUGAGCUUACACGUCUCUUAUCCGCCCCGGGAGCCCCAGCUGACCUCCUUCCUGGAGACACCGGAUGGGCAGCUGGGCGUUCUCCAGUGCACUGUUGAUAGUGACCCACAGUCAGAGUUAUCUCUGUUCAGAGGAGGCGAACUUGUGGCUUCCACCACUGGCUCCCACCCUGCAGCCAGACAGCGAGUCAGUGUCUCCUCAUCACACAACAGCUUGAAGGUGGAGAUUCAGGCUGUGGUGAUGGAGGAUGAAGGAGAGUAUGUGUGUUCUGCUAGUAACGCGUAUGGCAAUGCAACCACCUCACUGAACUUCACUGCAGAGACUGCAAGGGUCUGGAUCUCUCCUUCGCCGGAUGUCCACGAGGGGGAUGCUGUUAACCUGACCUGUGCAGUUGACAGUGAUGCCCCUGGGAUGCCGCACUACAUCUGGUAUAAGAACAACAUAUGGUUCAGUGAGGGCCCUGGCAGGUCACUCGUGUUUCCCAAGGUCACCACCGCUGAUGCUGCAUCCUACCACUGCACGGUGAAGACCCAGGAGAGGGUUAGAAGCUCUUCCCCAGGCACUUUGAACGUCCUCUAUCCUCCCAGGAAUCUCUGGGUGAAGUCCUUCCUGGAUACUCAGGAUGGGAAGCUAGCCAUCAUCCUCUGUGCUGUUGACAGUAACCCGCAGUCAGAACUGGCCCUGCGCAGAGCUGAUGAGCUGGUUGCUUCUGGUUCCUCCCGAGGUGACGGGGCAUCUGGACAGCGGUUACGCAUCUCAUCCUCUCCUAACACCUUGAAACUGGAGAUCAGGAGCGUCACCUUGGAGGAUGAAGGGAUGUACGUGUGCUCUGCAAACAAUGUGAUCGGCGAAGCCAGCACCUCUAUAUAUUUCACCAUCGAGACUGUGAGAGUUGUGAUCCAACCGGGUCCCGAUGUACGUGAGGGGGAGCACAUCACACUGACCUGUGAGGAUGCCAGCACCCAGCCGAGCACCAUUUACACCUGGUACAAGAACACCAAAUGGCUGGCAGAGGGCCCUGGCAGUUCCCUCACGAUCCGUGGUGUGGCGGGCACUGAUGCUGGCUCGUACUCCUGCACGGCUCACAAUGACAGGGGAAGAAGAACAUCUCUGCCCACCGCCUUGCGCGUGCUCUACGCCCCAAGGAAGCCCUCACUCAGCUCCUUCCUAGAUGCCCAGGAUGGGCGCCAGGCCAUCAUCCAAUGCACUGUCGACAGCCACCCACCGUCAGAUAUAGCCUUGUACAGAGGGGCUGAGCGCACGCCCGUGGCUUCCACCCAGGGUUCUCAGGGCUCAUCCAGCCAGCGUCUGGGCAUUCACAUGUCCCAUAACUCCCUGAAGGUGGAGAUGAAGGACGUCGUGCUGGAGGAUGCAGGCCAGUACAUCUGCUCAGCUAACAACACCUACGGCAGUGCCACAGCAUCCGUGCGCUUCGAUGUGGAGACUGUCAGAAUCAUGAUUGAACCAUCUCAGGAAAUACAUGAAGGAGUCACAGUCAACGUGACCUGCCUGGUUGCCGAUUGGCUCGGGGGCGAGACCAACUACACCUGGUAUAAGAACAGCAAGUGGCUGCAGGACGGUCCUGUUAGGUCGCUCCACCUUGAUAGGGUCUCCAGCACCGAUACGGGGUCAUACCACUGUCGGGCAGAGGGGAGGAGAGGAAGUGCCAUCUCUGCCCUGGUCAGCUUGGAUGUGCUCUAUACUCCAAGGAACCCAUCGAUGAACACCUUCCUGGAGAACCGCAAUGCAAGGGUGGGCCUCAUCCGAUGCACAGCUGAUAGCAACCCACGGGCUGAAUUAGCCCUGUACAGAGAGGAUAAACUAGUGGCUUCCAGCCAAGGUCCACGCUCAGCAGCCAGCCAGAGGGUCAGUGUGUUUCCAUCCUACAACACCUUGAGAGUGGAGAUCUGGGAUGUCACAUCAGCGGAUUCAGCAGAAUACAUGUGCGUGGCCAGCAAUGCACUGGGAAAUGUGACAGCCACCUCCUACUUCAGUACGCAAACUCUCACUGACCUGCGCUUGUACAAGAUCCUGGCCAGGAUGUUCAUCGCAGCUCUGGGGGCUAUUGUUCUGGCCGUUGCAGUGGUCCUGUUGUGGCCCAGGAUAACGAAGCUGCUGAAGCCGCUAAGAGAUGAAAGUUCCAUGGAACUGACUGGCACAAGGGACCAAUCGCAGGUUGACGACACGUCCUUGACCAACAGCUAACCACACCGCCUGGCAGCACCCGGAGCAGCCUGCACGGCAGCCACACUGAGACCCCCCCUGCCCGGCUGGACCUGGGCAGCGAAGUUGUUCUCACCCAGUGGCACGUUUUUAGUGCUCGCCAUACUUGGUACUUUGCAUGUGCCAAAUGCAGAACUGCUGUCAAUACCCAGAACUGAGCCUGAGCUGUGAAAAAUCCCAGGCUGUCUCUGCACAAACCCACGCCGUCCGGAGCACCCUCAUCUGCGCCCUGUGACUCCGCCAAGCCCCCACGUUUGCAAUAACCUCUGGGCGUGCUGCCAAGCAUCUCAGUCACAAAAUAAACCAAAGUGUGGUGUCACUAAUGUUGAAAAGUAUAACCCCUCUGGGCCUGAUCCUGUGUGAGGGGAAGGCAGUGGAGAAGCUCCCCCUUGAUAGCACACAUGCAGGAUCAGGCCCUUAAACCUAGUCAUUCUUAAAGCCUAUUCAACCUUCUUGGAGGGGAAGCUGGGGGAGCCCUCAGUAUCUAACAAUUGAGAGGUGCUAGGGGUGGAACUUGGCUCUCAGGUGAGGUGU